UGGCUGUUUCUGUGAAGUCACGUGGUUUCUGGGAAAAGGCUGGUCGGGCUGUUUGGAGCUGCAGCCUCAGAGAUCAUCAGUCUGAGCGGAGGAAGAGCAGCGAAGUCUGAGUUGUUUACAGGUUUGUUCUAUUUGUUAUCGGUAAAAAGGCGGAAUCAUGGCAGCGGGCAGAAUGCGCUCCACCCGCAGACUGCGCUCCUGGAUGGUGGAGCAGGUCAACAGCGCUAAAUACCCGGGGCUGGUUUGGGACGACGACAACAAAACAAUGUUCCGAAUCCCUUGGAAACACGCCGGGAAGCAGGACUUCCGCAAAGACGAGGACGCCGCCAUCUUCAAGGCCUGGGCGGAGUUUAAAGGGAAGCCGACGGACGGCGGUCAGGACAACCCGGCUGCCUGGAAAACCCGGCUACGCUGCGCCUUGAACAAGAGUCCGGAGUUUGACGAGGUGAUGGACCGAGCCCAGCUGGACAUCUCUGAACCCUACAAGGUUUACCGGCUGGUUCCCCUCAACGAGCAGGGUGUGCUGGUUCCGGAGAAGAAAUGCAAAGAAAAACCCUCCAGGAGGCCGAAGAGGAGAAGAAGCAGCGAUUCUGAAAGCGACGACAGCAGCCAGAUGAAGCAGAUAAAGGCGGAAGAAGUGACGUCUCAGCUGAGCGUCGAAGAAAUUCUGUUACACACCGACGUCGAGAUUGAAGAGCCGACUCCGUGCACCACCAUCAUCCAGAGAGACGCGGUGGAGGAGAUCCGGCUGGACGUGAGGAUCGAGGAGAGCGUCGCACCUCCUGCAGGAGCUCAGGACUCCUUCAACGUGACGAUUCACUAUUUAGGACAAGAGGUCCACAAACGUCAGAUCAACGGCACCGAUGUCCGGAUCACCUACCAGCCGUCGGCUCCGAUUCCCCCGACGCCGGCCGCCCUGAAGAACAGGUUUCCUCGGAUCCCGCUGCCGGAGCCUCCGUCCACGCUGCCGGCCGGCCCGGAGCUGCAGGCGCUCUACACCCUGCUGCCCUUCAUGGAGAAAGGUGUGGUGCUCACCUCCACGCCGCAGGGGGUCUACGGCAAGAGGUUCUGCCAGGGCCGGGUGUUCUGGACGGGUCCACACUCGACCACGGCCGGCCUGCACAAGAUGGAGAGGAACACGGAGCCGGUGCUGCUGUUCAGCAAAGACGCCUUCAGGCAGCAACUGGAUAAUUUUCGUACGAACGGCGGCGAACCUCCUCAGUGCUUCAUCACUUUGUGUUUCGGAGAAGAGCUGAGUAACGCCGAGGACCCGUCUAAGAAACUGAUCAUAGUUCAGAUUUCUCUUCCGUGGGCAGAAGAGCAGGUCCAGAGCACCCAGUCCUUCUUGGACUCCAUGAGCUUCCUCCAGUCUCUGGCCAGUCAGUCUCCAAAGGGGGAAAUUACUCUGACGCUGGUCCCGGUCGCUUCGCCCACCUCUUAAACUACCACCUGUGGGACCGUCUCGGCACUUUGAAGGGAUUUUAUACCAAAUUUUUUAAAAUAAAAAUCACAAAUAUCCCCCAUUUAAAUCCACAUUCGGAACACGACAGCAGAACGGGGCCGUGCGAUGCAUCGAGUUUAUCAAUAAUCACUCCAGCUACAUCGUGUAACUACGAUUUCUUUUGAAUUUAAAUCCCAAAAAUUCAAAGUACAAACCCCAGGGCAUUAUAUUUUAUCGCAAAGCCAGAUUAAUAGCACUAAAUCAAGCCAGAAUUUUUGGGUGCCAAAGUGCUUUUAUGACUGGAAAUUAAAAAUUUUUUUGGGGGGGGGGGGACGCACCUUAUGUACGUUUAGAAAAUAUAAUCGUCGUACUGCUGGAAACACUACAUGCAAACAAACAAGUCUUAACUCCCUCACCGAGGGUCUCAAAAUGUGAGUAAAUCUUAACAUUAGCCAGUGGUUUCUAACCUGAGCAGCUCACAAAGAGAAACUGAAGAGGACGAAAAACCAUCUCUGCCUCCAAAUGUUCAUCUGUUUACUUAUUAGUGAAUAGUUUGUCAUUCCAGACCUUUUUAGAGCUACUUCAGUGCCAGAUGUAGCUUCGUUUUUAAGGGUCACAGUUUAAAAAGGUUCGAAACCACCUAAUCUCAGCAAGCCAUCAGAAUUGUGUUUAUACUACAGCGCUAUAUAGCUCCUAUUGUGUACAUGUCAGAUCGCAAUUUAAGCAUAAAGGACCAUAAUAAUCUGAGAUAGCUCUGUAGGUUUUACUGUAUUCAGAUCCAAUGCGGAUUCACUCGUGUCACUGUUUGUUUUUUGUCGCUAAAACACAUGAAUGCUUUUUACAGGUGUGGGUUAAUGGUUGCGUUUUAAUAGAUAAAAAGUUUCACACUCGUCAUGAGACAGGCAGAACGUCACACCCCGCAGCAGGAAGAAACACAAAUCUCCGUUCGUUCAACUCAAUCGUUCAGUGCUUUUGUUUUUUUUGUCUUUAAAUCAUUUAACACAUCAGAAACCAGUCUAAUUUCCAGGAGUGUGUCCGUUCAGCCUCGGUCGACUUGAGAUUAGUGUUUUGAGAAUCAAACAAAAGCGCAAAACACGUUUUAGUGCAACUUUUCUGCAGUAAAUACAAUCAGCUGAAGCUCUGAAUGUUUGGUUUUCUGGCGAUUCUCUGUUUUUGUAGAAGUUUACACGAUUUUUGCAGAAUUUACUGUAAAUUACAAAGGCAGGCGCACAAGGGAGUUACCUUAAUAACCAAAAAAAAAAAAUCAGUGUGUUAUCUGCUUUAACUGAGGUCUUAAAGGUAACAGAAGGCAUUGUACAGAGGUACGAAGUGAAAAAGACACGUAACAGUAUGAAUCGAUGUACUGAAACGGAGCAAUUUUAGCUGAAUUCAAGACUAGAGUUGAAGAAAUACGUCAAAAAUCACACUAAAAUGGACCAGUAUGCAGGACAUUUGUGGUUUAUGAAAGGUGUGUAUCAGUCGGAAUUAUAUUUUUUCCUGGGAAGACAUUUUUUAUACGAGUUUAUUAGUUUUGUCCGUUGUAGGAAGAGCUACAGUCUAUUAAACUGUAAUACAAACUUAUUUCCCUGUAAUAAGAGAUAACAUUCUGCUUACAGAUGCCUAAAAAUUAUAGUAACUUUCUUCUACAUUUAAGCAUUUUUCUUAACUUUCCUGAAAAGGAAGCAGUGAAUCACUUUAACACUUACAUGAUAUUUUAAAUCCCAAAGUAAAGGCAGAAUAUGCAAAAAAACAAACAAACCACAAACUACCACCUUAAUCAAACCAUUCUGAGCUUCAACACAUUCAUAUUUACUGCAGGAUUUUUGCACUAGAAGGCAUUUCUGUUCAUUUCUCCACUUGCGUUGCUUGUAAAACAAACUGGAUCAAGAGAUCAAGUGGAUUUUAGUGUAGAAGGUGAUUUUAAGGUGGAAUUGUCCUUAAAGUCAGCGGGGUGUUGGGCUAGACCACAUGGCACACUCUUGAAGGAGCGUGGAAGACUGGAGGGAUCUACCAAGAUGUAAAUAUGUUGUUAUUUAUGCAUGUAUGUCCUUGUAUGAAAAAGAAAUAAAUGUCUUUCUAAACUGUGA